AUGGGCGUCCUUGCUCUCCCCGUAGGUCCUCCGUGUCACAUCCACUCAUGCUUUCAUAAGGACCAAAAAGAUGCCCUAUGUAAAGUACUCUUAAGAGUAAAAUGCAACAUAUGUUUAUUACUAACCCACCAACCCACUUGGGAUGACUGUCAGCAGCUUUUACAGGCCCUCCUGACCACGGAAGAGCGGCAGCGGGUUUUCACAGAAGCCCGCAAAAAUGUGCCGGGGGAUGACGGCCGCCCCACUCAGCUACCUAACGAGAUUGAUGAGGUGUUCCCGCUGACUCGACCUAAUUGGGAUUUCAAUACGACAGUGGGUAGGGAGCGACUCCGUCUCUACCGCCAGGUUCUCCUGACAGGGCUCCGAGGGGCAGGAAGGCGCCCCACCAAUUUGGCCAAGGUACGUGCGAUUGUGCAGGGUAGUGAGAAAACUCCAGCAGGAUUUUUAGAAAGGCUAAUGAAAGAAUACAGAAUAUAUACUCCCUUUGACCCACAGGCCCCUGACCGGCAGGCUGAUGUAAUCAUGUCCUUCAUUGGACAAUCGGCCCCGGACAUCCGCACAAGGCUACAGAGGCUGGAGGGGUUGCAGGGGUAUACACUGCAGGACCUAGUUAAGGAGGCAGAAAAGAUUUUCAAUAAAAGAAAAACAAAGGAGCAAAGAGAAGAGAGGUUACGCAGAGAACAGGAACGUAGGGAAAACCAGAGAGAUAAAAAAAGAAACAAAGACUUAGUUAAAAUCCUAGCCACUGCAGUCACAGGACCAGAGCAGGCAAAAGGUAAACAAGAUAGGGACCUGGGAGACAAACGGAGGCCACGGCUGGACCGAGACCAGUGCGCAUACUGCAAAGAAAGAGGACACUGGGCUAAGGAUUGCCUGAACAAAGGACAGCCAAGGCGCCAGCGGAGAGCGAUGCCCGUCUUGGCGCUGGAAGAAGACGACUAGGUAGGUCAGGGCCAGGCGCCUCCCCCUGAGCCCCGGGUAACUCUAAAAGUGGGAGGCCGGCCAGUCACCUUCCUGGUCGAUACGGGAGCCCAACAUUCAGUCCUCACAAUGGCCGGAGGCCCCCUUAGUUCCAAGACAUCAUGGGUCCAGAGGGCCACUGGAGGAAAACUGUACAAAUGGACUACUGAGCGUAAAGUCGACCUGGCAACAGGGCGGGUCACGCAUUCGUUUCUACUAGUACCGGACUGCCCAUACCCCCUGCUGGGAAGGGAUCUGCUCUCAAACGUUGGGGCCCAGAUCCAUUUCCAAGACAAGGGGGCCACAGUAGUCGGCCCCACAGGCCAACCCCUCCAUGUGUUGACCCUCCAGCUGGAAGAUGAACACCACCUUCACGAGAGCCCCCUAUCAGCUCAGCCCCAAGUAACAUCUGAAUGGCUUACUAAAUUCCCCCAGUCUUGGGCGGAAACGGGAGGAGUAGGGCUGGCUAUCAGACAGCCCCCGGUGAUAGUAAACCUGAAGCCCACGGCCACUCCCGUAUCAAUCCACCAAUACCCUAUGGCUGCGGAGGCGAAGGAUGGAAUUCGACCACACAUACAGAGACUGAUAAAACUGGGCAUAUUGAGACCUUGUCAGUCACCUUGGAACACCCCUUUGUUACCAGUCAAAAAGCCUGGCUCUAAUGAUUACAGGCCAGUGCAAGACCUACGGGAAGUAAACCGUAGGGCUGAGGACAUUCACCCCACGGUCCCUAACCCAUACAACCUGUUGAGCACCCUGCCCCCGACCCGAACUUGGUAUACAGUACUUGACCUGAAGGAUGCCUUCUUUUGCCUAAGACUGAGCUCCCAGAGUCAACCUCUCUUUGCCUUCGAGUGGAAAGACCCGGAGACUGGGUUUUCGGGACAACUAACGUGGACCAGGCUUCCCCAAGGGUUCAAGAACUCCCCUACGCUGUUUGAUGAAGCCCUACACCAGGACUUGGCGGACUUCCGGGUAAAGCACCCAGAGUUGACUCUCCUACAAUAUGUGGAUGACCUAUUGUUAGCUGCAGAGACUGAGCAGGGUUGCACCAGAGGUACGGAGGCCCUACUCUGUAGGUUGGAAGAGCUAGGAUACAGGGCUUCCGCGAAAAAGGCCCAACUUUGCACCCAACGCGUGACCUACCUAGGCUACGUAUUGGAGGGGGGUCGGAGGUGGCUGACUGAGGAACGGAAAAAGGCCGUAGCGCUCAUUCCGCCGCCUAAAAAUGCUCGUCACCUCAGGGAGUUCUGGGGCAGUGCCGGUUUCUGCCGCCUCUGGAUACCGGGUUUUGCGGAGAUGGCAGCAUCCCUGUACCCCCUAACCAGGGCAAAUUCCCCGUUUAUCUGGGGAAGGGAACAACAAUUAGCUUUUGACAGAAUAAAACGGGCCCUCUUGGAGGCCCCUGCAUUAAGCCUCCCGGACCCCGCUAAGCCCUUUACCCUCUAUGUGGAUAAAAAAGGGGGAAUGGCAAAGAGUGUCUUGACUCAGGAUUUGGGGCCCUGGAAAAGACCUGUGGCGUAUUUUUCAAAGAAACUGGACAGUGUCGCCUCGGGGUGGCCCCCUUGCCUCCACAUGAUUGCGGCUGUGGCCGUCUUGGUGAAAGACUCAGAUAAAUUGACUUUGGGGCAACCACUCACCAUAGUGGCACCCCAUGCCAUCGAGGCCGUCAUCCGCCAACCACCAGAUAGAUGGCUCUCGAACGCCAGGGUCACCCACUACCAGGCCAUGCUGCUCAACCCUGAACGGGUCCGGUAUGGAACUGCUGCCUCGAUCGACCCGGCCACCCUGCUUCCUGAGCUGGGGUCUGAAUCACAAGUCGACCACGACUGCCACCAAGUGUUAGCCGAAGUGCACGGGACCCGAGAGGACCUGACCGAUCUACCCCUGUCCAACGCAGUCACCUGGUAUACGGACAGGAGCAGCUUCUUGCACCAAGGUGAGAGAAAGGCAGGGGCGGCGGUGGUUGAUGGGGAAACUGUCAUAUGGGCCUCUGCUCUGCCCCCAGGGACUUUGGCACAGAAGGCUGAACUUGUGGCCCUCACCCAAGCACUUCGUGCCGCUGAAAAUCGGAGCAUAAAUAUUUAUACAGACAGCCGUUAUGCCUUUGCCACUGCGCAUAUACAUGGAGAAAUAUAUCGGAGGAGAGGGUUGCUAACCUCAGGGGGCAAGGACAUUAAAAAUAAGCAGGAGAUCCUAGACCUCCUACAAGCCCUCCACCUUCCUAAGAAAGUGAGCAUCAUCCACUGCCCAGGUCAUCAGAAGGGAGAUGACGCAGUGGCCAAGGGGAAUAGAAUGGCGGAUGAGGUAGCUAAAACAAGGGCCCUGGACAGCGUCACUCUAGUAACGCAGUCAUCUGAAACCUCAAAUAACCCUGGGUGGUCAUAUUCGGAGCAAGAUGUGACAGCUAUCCAAAGACUGGGAGGCGUGUACAACGACCAGCGUAAGGUCUGGGAGAUCCAGGGAAAAACAGUAUUGCCGAGAAAGGAAGCCAAGGACCUCAUAAAAGACCUCCAUAGAUAGACCCACUUGGGACAUAAAAAGUUAAAGGCCCUACUGGACAGAGAGGAACUAACCUAUUUCAUAAUAGGACUGGACUCAUUAGCAAAACAAGCGACAGAAUCCUGUGUUCCUUGUGCAAAAGUAAAUCCAAAGUGUAUUAAAGUACCAGAGGGAGCAAGGAUGCGAGGGGCACGCCCGGGAACGAACUGGGAGGUGGACUUUACUGAGAUUCGUCCCGGUAGGUAUGGAAUUAAGUAUCUCCUAGUAUUUGUAGACACUUUUUCCGGCUGGACAGAGGCUUUUCCGGUAAAGAAGGAAACAGCGCAGGUGAUGGUCAAAAAUCUUGGAAGAAAUCUUUCCGUGGUUUGGCCUGCCUAAGGUACUGGGAUCCGAUAAUGGGCCGGCCUUUGUCUCCCGGGUAAGUCAGUUGGUGGCCAAGGUACUGGGGAUUGAUUGGAAAUUCCAUUGUGCGUACAGACCCCAGAGUUCAGGACAGGUAGAGCGCAUAAAUAGAACAAAAAAAAAAAAAAAAGGGAGACCUUAACCAAAUUAAUGAUGGAGACUGGCGCUAGA